GGUAAAGGUCGCCAUGUCUUUCUUUCCUACUCUCUCUCUCUUCUUCCUCUUUUAUCAUUAUGUAAUCAUUUUUUUUUCUCUGAAUUUUGUAGGGUUUGUUGGUUGUUCUUUAACGAGCCUCUGGCAUUCCCUUGUGAAUAAAUAAAUAGGAGGGGAAGGGGAUUUCAAAAAGCUCCUUUUUUUAUUUGUCUUCCUUGAUUCCUUGUCUCAUUUCAGUUUCCAAAAAUUGUUUUGGAGUUUCAGGGAUGGAGGAGAUACAGAAGCCUGAUAGUCAUAUGACAUCAGCUGCAGCUUUUGUGGAAGGGGGAAUCCAAGAUGCCUGUGAUGAUGCUUGUAGCAUAUGCCUUGAGGAGUUUUCUAAAAGCGAUCCUUCAACAGUGACUAAUUGCAAGCAUGACUUUCACCUCCAGUGCAUUCUUGACUGGUGCCAGAGAAGCUCUCAAUGUCCCAUGUGCUGGCAAGCCAUUAGUUUGAAGGACUCUGCAAGUCAAGAAUUGCUUGAAGUGGUAGAAAGGGAAAGGAGCUUUAGGGUUACUCCGUCAAGAAAUACCACCAUAUUUCACCAUCCCACUCUUGGUGAUUUUGAAUUGCAACAUUUACCGGUUGGUGCAAAUGACCCUGAACUUGAAGAGCGUAUAAUUCAGCACUUGGCUGCUGCUGCCGCAAUGGGAAGGGCCCGCCAUUCUGGUUGGAGGGAUGGCCAGAGAAGAUCAUCUGCUCAUAGCCGUCCACAUUUCUUGGUAUUUUCUACUCAUCCUGGUGCCCAGCAUUCUGGUUCUGUAUCAACCCCUUUGACUCAGAUAGGAGGAGAAACUGAAGCAGCUGCAAUCACCGUAGCUAGUCCAGCCACUCCACUAUCAUCUGGAGGAGAAGAGUUAUCUCAGCAGAUGUCACCAUUUCCUUCUGGUCAAAAUACACCUGCCUCUGGAUCUACUGUCAGUCCAUUGAAUAGACGAGGAUUUUCCUUAAAUAAUCGAAGCACUUCUAGCAAUUCCUCAUUGCCAAAUCAAGAAAGAGCAGGACCAUCAGAGUUUCAGUCAUUUUCAGAAUCUCUGAAAUCCAGAUUUAAUGCUGUGUCCUUGAGAUAUAAGGAGUCAAUUUCAAAGAGUACAAGAGGCUGGAAGGAGAGGUGGUUCUCACGUAACUCUUCCAUGUCUGAUCUUGGGAAUGAAGUUCAGAGAGAAGUGAGUGCAGGAAUUGCUAGUGUAUCUCGUAUGAUGGAGCGUUUAGAAACCAGGGAAAAUAAUAGUCCAAAUGAAGCUUCUGUAUCAAAUCAUUUGGCUGAAUCUUCUAUUACAGAGCAAGACAACCAGCAUAAUGCAGGGAAUCACGGAGAUAACCCUCUAAGUAUCAGCCCUACGCCAGCUUCGCAUGCUGCUAGUUCUCUUUCUAAUUAAGUUAUAUAAAAUUAUUUCAGCAAAUUGCAUCUAUCCUCAGCAUUUCAUUUUUGUAGGUUGCCAAUCUUGUUUCUCCAGAAAUGACAUGCUGAGGAAAAGAUGCUUUGCAUUUCAGGCCAGGUGAUUGGUAUUUGCAAACAGACAGAGUCAUGGUGAGUGGUCUGAAUCUGAAUAAAGAGAGGAAGUCUGACAGAGCUUCCAUCUGGACAGAGACUUUUAUAUGGGUAUAUGUGUGUAAAUUUGUUAAUAUAUAACCUGAUUUAGUGCACGAUAUCUGUAUUUAACCGUCUGGAUGGCUGAUUUGGCAAUGGCUGAAUGUUAAUUACUCUUGAGGGAGGAGGUGGUGACACUGGAUGGAAUUUGAAACAUGCUUAAAACGUAUUGCAAUUUGCUGAAAAAUUUGUCUUUCCA